AAUCCAUUUCUCUGUCGUCACCCCUGAGCCAAAUGACAACUGCUUUUUCCAUUAUUGAAUUCCCCCUAAAUUUCCCUUAGCUCACAUAAUACGCCAACUCCAUCAUAAAAACAGCCAAUUUUGCAAUUUUGAUUCCAAAAACAGAGAGAAAACCCAAGAGAGAAAAAGUGGAAAAAAAAGGUAUAUAUUUGCACCUACAUCUAUAGCUAUAGAUGGGAUUAUGAGGAUUUUAGGGAGCUUUUAACAUGGCGGAUGGAACAACAACCACCAUAUUUUAUGAGGUACGAGCAAGCUAAGCUUUUGAAUAAAGAAAAGGGGCCUAUAGAAAACUUAAUAUUUAUACUCAUCCAGCAAGUUACUGGUAUUAUUAUUGUUAAGAGAGAGAGAGAGAGAAAAGAAGAUUGAUUGUGUCGGUGCUUUUAAGAUAUUUAUUUUUCAUUUUUAUUUUUUUUAUAAGGAGUCUUUUAUUAGAAUUAAAAAAAAAAAAUCCUUUUAAGAAAAUCAGGGUAGAGUAGCCAGAACCGCUACACCACAAUAACUUUUUUUCUUCACUUCCAGCUUUUGCCUUUUCAUGGGUAUUCUUUCUCUCUCUGUUAUUCCUCCCAGUUUAGCUCUAGAUUACAGGGAAGCAAAAUUUUUGUAAUUAAGCCCCUGUAAUUUUACAUAAUUGUAUACAGUUAAGAGAGAAAGAAAGAUAAGGACGACAACAGGAAGAUGGAGGUAGGUGCUGGGGGUCAAAGUGGAGUUGCUGCAAGUUCAGGGGGUUGCUGUGGUGUUAAGAGAAAAAACGAAAGGCGUUACAAAGGGAUACGUAUGAGGAAGUGGGGAAAGUGGGUUGCAGAAAUUAGAGAGCCAAACAAGCGUUCAAGAAUUUGGUUGGGCUCUUAUUCAACACCUGUAGCAGCUGCUCGGGCUUAUGAUACGGCGGUUUAUUAUCUAAGAGGGCCUUCGGCCCGUUUGAAUUUUCCUGAGUUUUUGGUUGGUUGUGAUGGUGGGCUUAAUGAUUUGUCUGCUGCUUCAAUUCGUAAAAAAGCUAUAGAAGUUGGUGCACAAGUGGAUGCUGUACAGAACUCACUUGCAACACAUCAUCACGACCACGGCCACGGCCACGACCGCGAAAGUCCACAAGAAAAGGUGCACUGUGAGACUUCAAGCCCGUCAGAAUUGAAGCCUUGUUGGUUUCAAGAAAAGCCCGAUUUAAACUUGAAGCCCGAGCCUGAAGAUCCAGAAUUGGAUUACUGGUGAUUGUGGUUGAUAUCAUGAACAGUGGAUGGGAGAAAGACAUGUCUGAUAGAUCAUUGUACUAUCUGGUCGCACUGCUAGUACUGAACUGGUAAGAAAAUAGACCAGCGGAUCCAAGUGGGAAGUGGCCGCGGCCACUUGGGGUUGGGGAGGGUGAGGAUGAGGGAACAACAAAGGCCCUACGAUGGCUCGAGUUUGGUGCAAGUGGAUAAUAUUAUGUGAUUUUGUGUUUGCUAACUGUGAACAAAAAAUGAAGUACUCCUAUGGAGUCAAAUUAUGCCCGCUUCAAUUAUUUCCUCAUAUAUAAUUUUUUCUUCUACGAGUAUAAAUAUCGGGUAAUUUGGAUAAUUAUGUUCAUUAAAACGUAGAUAUCAUCUUUUUUAACUACUCCUAUGUUUUGAUUUUGCAUUUUGCAGUUACUUGUAGUAGCAGGGGUUGAAGUUCAAUGUUCGGUAUAAAUAACUUUGUGGUCAUGGUUCAUUAGUAAGAAGAAAUCAAACUGACUGUAUUGUUCUUU